GCGGGGUUUGCUCUUUUGCCUUGAUACUGAUUUGUAGGACUACUACUAUAUUGUGUCAAUGAAAUCAGACGACACAUAAACCGAGAGCUACUCUACUUUUUGAUUCAUAUGUUGGUAUAAAAGAGUACCUCGAGGUUUGGUGAAGGUUUAGACUGAAAAUGAGAGCUUUUGCUUUUAUCUUGGCCUGGAUAUCGUUGUGUGCGGUUUUUGCACUGACACGUUGUAAAGAACAGCGAGAACUAGCAGAAGACAACCUUCUAGUUUUGACUGUUGCGACCAAAGAGACAGAUGGCUUCAGACGUUUCAUGAGAUCGGCCCGGCACUUUAACUACACGGUCAAGGUGCUUGGCAAUGGGGAUACAUGGAAUGGUGGGGACUAUAUGACUGCUCCAGGAGGGGGUCAGAAAGUAAACCUACUCAAAGCAGCUCUGCAGAACAUGGAGGAAGAUAAAGUUGUUCUCUUCAUCGACAGCUAUGAUGUUGUCUUUGCUUCCGGUCCCAAAGAACUGCUGAAGAAGUUCCAGCAGACAAACCACAAGGUGGUCUUCUCUGCAGAGACCCUAAUCUGGCCUGACAGACACUUGGAGGACAAAUACCCCCAUGUUAGAGAGGGAAAGAGGUUCUUGGGGUCAGGGGGAUUCAUUGGCUAUGUUCCUAACCUCAAAGAGAUGGUAUCUGACUGGUCAGGGAAAGACAAUGACAGUGAUCAACUUUUCUUCACCAAGAUCUAUAUCAACCCAGAGAAAAGGAAAUCGAUCAAUAUAACACUGGACAACAAAUGCAGAAUGUUUCAGAAUCUUUAUGGAUCCCUCGAUGAAGUGGUAUUGAAGUUUGAGGAUGGGCGAGUUCGGGCCAGAAAUGUGUUGUAUGACACUUUGCCUGUCAUUGUUCACGGCAACGGGCCCACCAAGCUCCAGAUUAACUACUUGGGCAACUACAUCCCAAAAGUGUGGACAUUUGAGACUGGUUGUAGUGGGUGUCUUGAGGACCUAAGGCCACUCUCAGGACUAAAGGAAAGUGAAUACCACUGGUGGUUUAUUGGAAUCUUCAUCCAGCAGCCCACCCCCUUUGUCAGUGUGUUCUUUGAGCGCCUGACAAAACUGGAAUACCCCCGAAACCGACUCAAACUCUUCAUCUACAACCAGGAGCAGCAUCACGAGGGACAGGUCAACUCUUUUCUGAAGGACCAUGGGACAGACUACCUGGAUGUAAAGGUCAUUGGGCCAGAAGAAAACAUAGACAGAGAGACCUCCCGCAACCUCGGCUUUGAAAUGUGCAGACAGGACAAGGACUGUGAGUAUUUCUUCAGUGUGGAUAUCGAGGUGGUUCUGAAGAACAAGGACACCCUAAAAAUUCUCAUAGAGCAAAAUGAGCCUGUAAUUGCACCCAUGAUCACUAGAGAAGGCCGUCUAUGGACCAACUUCUGGGGAGCCCUGAGUGCUGACGGCUACUACGCUAGGUCAGAAGACUAUGUCGACAUAGUGCAGAGACGCAGAGUAGGUGUGUGGAAUGUCCCCUACCUGACCAAGGUGUACAUGGUGAAGGCCAGUGUCCUUCGUGAGGAGCUCUCAGCUAACGACCUCUUUAGCUUCGGCAACAUGGACAUGGACAUGGCUUUCUGUCACAACGUCAGAAACAAAGGAGUCUUCAUGUAUGUUACCAAUAUGCACACCUUUGGAAGGCUGCUGUCCACAGAAAACUAUCAGAUGACUCACCUCCACAAUGACCUAUGGCAGAUCUUCGAAAACCCUAUGGACUGGGAGGAGCGCUACAUCCAUGAGAACUACACAAAGAUAAUGAGAGACAAACUGAUUGAAACCCCUUGCCCUGAUGUGUACUGGUUCCCAAUAUUAUCUGUUACUGGAUGUGAUCACAUUGUUGAAGAAAUGGAAAACUUUGGACAGUGGUCAGGUGGUGGAAAUACAGACACAAGGAUUCAGGGUGGCUACGAGAAUGUCCCAACCAUUGAUAUCCACAUGACUCAAAUUAAUUAUCAGAAAGAGUGGCAUAAGAUCCUGUUGGAUUAUGUUGCCCCAAUCACAGAGAAAAUGUACCCUGGAUACUACACGAAGUGUACCUCUCACCUCAACUUCGUGGUGAGGUACAAACCUGAUGAGCAGCCCCUGCUCACCCCUCACCAUGACGCAUCUACUUUCACUAUUAACAUAGCUCUGAACAGCAAAGAUACUGACUAUCAGGGAGGGGGAUGCAGAUUCCUACGUUAUAACUGCUCUGUCGAGGCACCGCGGAAAGGCUGGGCCCUUAUGCACCCCGGACGGCUCACCCACUACCAUGAAGGCCUGCGAGUCACUGCUGGCACCCGCUACAUCGCCGUGUCCUUUGUGGACCCCUGAGUGCCAAUGUGAAUGUGCUGUCACUUCUAAGCGUUAGCUUUUAUUUGGGUGCCUUUACUGAACUUUUGUUCUUUCAGGAAAACUCUGUAGGUUUUGCAGGGGAGUUCAGCAUUGUCUCUUGAAAACCCUAUCCACCGAAAGUAAAUGCGUUGUUUGAGACAAUACAUUUGUUUCAUGCAACUGUACUUUUUUAGUGUUAUUAUUUUAACUGUCAACAUUUUUAUCCAAACACUCCUAAAUAUGAGAUAAUAAUAAAUAACUUUAUUUGUAAAGUACCCUUCAGUGCUCAACUACUUGUGAUACACUAUGCAAUGUACCAUGGUCUAGGAUAUUAAAACAUCGGUCUUAUUUAUUGUUCUGAUCGUGUAUAAUGUGAAUUUAUUCCAAAGAUUUAGUGUGGCUAUUUGAAUGUAAAAUAUUUAAAUAACACCAUUUGUAGCACAUUAAACUCCACUUGUAAUUUUCAUGUUGAAAACAAGUCCACAUUUAUUGCCCAAAUGUUAAACAGAAAUGCCUAGGCAGAAAUGCCUUGAAUGAAGCCAAUCUGGAUUUUUAUUCUAAAUGUCAGAUAUAUUUGUUAUGCAUUGCCUAGUUCUAUCUACAUGUUGUUCUGAACUCGACCUAGGACAUACAGUAUGUUUCUCUAAAAUGAUAAUAGAAGUUUUACAUUCCUUGCUAUGCAAUUGUUCAAAGUUUGACUGAAUUGAUCAGAUGCUAAAUAUUCUAAAAGCAAGUAGAAAUAGCUGUGAAAAUGUAUAUUUUGGUAAUUUGUUAAUAAAACACUACUUCGUACUGUA